AUGGAGCAAGCCCUGCUCCCUGGGACAUGGCUGCAUGGAGCAUCUUCUUCUGCAGAGAGCCCAGGCUACUGCCCCCGUGCUGGCAGUGCCAUCGGGCCAAGCUGUGGGACAAGAUGUCACAACGACACCACAUGCCACUCGGGGGAGAAAUGCUGCACCCGCGGCUGCUGCACUCGCUGCGUGCUUGCUGAGCCAGCCAAACCUGGGUUCUGCCCCCGGAAGCGUGCCCAGAGGAGAGCUGCUGCCUGCCCCAACCACUGCACCGAUGACCGGGACUGCCCUGGGGAACACAAGUGCUGCUUCUCUGGCUGUGGGUUGGCCUGCACCCCUCCAGACACAGCAAGGGCUGUCCUUCACCACGCCAGCUACCAGCUGGCAUCUCAUAUUGAGCUGUGA